CUUACAUUUGUAGCGGAAAUUGAAAUAAAAAUCAUUUUUAAAACUGGACGAUACUACGAUAGUAGUAAGUAGUAUUUGAAAACUUAACAUUUUUUGAUUUCUUCGAAGGGAUUGUGAGCCCUACAAGGAUGUCGGAGGAAGGCAUGAGCUUGGCGCGGCGUACCGCGAUAAUUACCCAGAAACCUCCGACGAAACCUCCACCAAAACCCCUUUUGCCUCCCGCUGCGAUUUCCCCUGCGAUCCGCGUGGCGCGAUGGACUGCACUGAUUGCUGGAUUAGGUUAUGGUUUCUAUCGUAAUCGUCGACUGGAGAAAAAAGAACAGCGUCUGAAGGAAUAUGAAGACAAACAUCGUCCUGCACGUGAAGCUGCUGCUGCUCGUGAGAAAGCCAUUAGAAACCGCGAGGAAAUGCUUCAGCUGGCAGCCCAACUGAACAUGCCCAUCCCUGCGGAUUUUGAUCAGCAGUAUAAGAUCCCUGACAGUACCGUCACAAUCGUUCAGACGAAGAAGCACUAAUGUAUCCAGCGGAUGGCUUUGAUGAUUUUGAAUAUUACUGUGCAACUGUAGAGGUACUUUGUGUAGUUGUGUGAAUUGCACUAUUGAAUCCUUUCGAAGGCGAAUUGAGACAUCAUAAUAUUAUAUUGGUUUGAUCAUUGAUGUGUUUAGACUGGCUUUUACUAAACUAUACGGGAGCUUCAAUAAAUUGAGCGUUAUUGG